ACACACACACACACACACACACACACACACACACACACACACACACACAAAUCCUUGGACACAAAUACACACAGGAACAGCCUCCUACUCCCUUUGCCCCCUGAUCUGUGUGUGUGUGAGUGUGUGUGAGUGUGUGUGUGUCUCUCUCUCUCUGGCUCUCUUUCUCCACCCACUCUCUGUCUCUGUGUGUAAGUCUCUGCACCUCAUUCUCUCUCCUCCUCUCUGUGUCUCUCCCUCUAUGUGUGUGUGUGUGUGUCUCUCUCUCUCUGGAGGUGUUACUCAUGGCAGUGUGAUGCUGAGUGUCAGUUGUGGUCUUCCGCCUCUCAGAGCCCACCAAGACAGCACUCUGCUCUCGCUCUCUCAAUCUCUCUCUCUCUCUCUAGCUCUCUCUCUCUCUCUGUCUCUCUCUCUCGGUUGUCCUGCGUGCUUGAUUUCCCAUUCAUUAGUUCGUCCUUCUCUUUGGGGCACUAUCUUCUCCUCUUCCUCUCUCUCACUUGGUUUGCCGGAGCCUCACUCUGUUGUAUUUUGUGAUUUCUCUCCUCCACCUCGCUCACGCUGCACCGGAGGCUUCGGCGUGUCGGGGGACUGAGGGGGCUCUCCUCGGAGGUGUGUGCGCGUGAGAGUGCGCGUGAGAGUGCGCGUGAGCGAUCGCCUUGGAGCCGGGGGUCUCGUCAUGGAGGCGGUGGCGCAGUUCACGUUCCGCGCCACGGAGAACGAUGAACUCAGCUUCACCAAGGGGGACGUGCUGAAGAUCACCAACAUGGAGGACGACCCCAACUGGUACACAGCAGAGCUGGACAGCAGGAAGGGCUUUGUGCCCAAGAAUUACAUCAACCUCAGGCCCCACGCGUGGUUCGCAGGCCGGGUGGCGCGGGGCGUGGCCGAGGGCCGUCUCCGACCCAGGGAGUGUGGGGCAUUCCUGGUCCGAGAGAGCGAGAGUGCUCCCGGAGAGUUCUCCAUGUCUGUAAGCUACGGGGAUCACGUUCAGCAUUUCAAAGUGCUGCAGGACCGCUGUGGACAGUACUAUGUGUGGGACGAGCUCUUCAGCUCCCUGAAUGAGCUGGUGGUGUUCUACCACACCAACAGCAUCGCAAAGGAGCGAACUGUUCUACUCAGGGACCCGGAACACUUUGCCAGGCGGCCCCACCAUGCACACGCUCUGUUCGACUUCGCCCCGCACCACCCCUCCCAGCUGCACUUCCUGCGCGGCGACCUCGUCGACCUGCUGGACUGCUCCGACCCCCAGCGCUGGAAGGGCCGUUGCCAUGGACGCGUUGGCUACUUCCCCCCGGAGUACGUCCAGCCCGUUUACCACGGCCAGUGACCCCACACCGUACCCCCCCCCCCCCCCCCCCCCCCCAGGUCCACCACUCACGACAGUGAACACCUUGCGGUUCCUCGACACUUUGCAAUACACCCACCUCAUGUCAUCCAAUCAGACGCGAGUUGGGGCGGGCCCUGUGUGCACUGCAGAGACCAAGCGGCCUGAUUCAAAGGGGUGUGGUGCGCUGGCGGCUGGCGGAUGUGGGACACGUGGGACGCAUUGGAGCUGGACUGGGAUUGGUAGGGUCUACGUGGACGCUGUGUUUGUGGCUCAGCGCAGAGCGCGGAACGGCUGCUUCGUGUUUGCCGGCCCAGCAGCGGUGGGUGUCGGCCACGUGCUCUGAGGAUACCGCUGACGCCACAGAUUCCCUGGCAUCUGCUGUUAACAUGCAGAACUUUAAUUGUGUGUGUCUGUGUGUGUCUGUGUGUGUGUAUGUGUCUGUGUGCGUCCUGGCCGCUGUGCAUAUUCUGUUCCGAAGGAGAUUAUGUAAAAUGUAUAAAUAUAUUUUCUGUGUAUGUGUGAAUGGGUGUUAUAUAAGCGUUGCGCUGUCUGCACUGAGACAGAGUUCAAUAGUGGAGAGCCUACGCGUUUGUAGACAGCAACUGUGUGUGUGUGUGUGUGUGUGUGUGUGUGUGUGUGUGUGUGUGUGUGUGUGUGUGUGUGUGUGUGUGUGUGUGUGUGUGGUUUUAGCACAGUGCUCUGAGUCUCUGCUGUGUGAUAAACAUUAUAUCUUGGUUAUAACAAUGGUCAAAUCCUCACUACCCAGAUACUUCAAAAGGUGUUUGUGUUUUUUUAAAAUACAUAUAUAAAUACAAAUUAACAGGCAUAGCAAUUCAUGGCUGUUCACUCAGAAUCAUGGCUGUUCACUUAGGAUUUAAUGACUUUGUAUGUCUAUGUACUCCUUUUCAUGUAAAAUCAUAUACAGAUAUAAACUGGGUGUUAUUCAUUAUUGCUCUGUUCAACAUUAAAAGGUACUGCAGACAGAACUUUUCCUAACAUAACUCGUCCCAGAUCCCCCAGUCCUGCCAGCUAUGGGGCCAGAAACCAAAAACUGGACAGAGUCACGCCUUGUUUUCUGUUUUGUUACGGAGAUAUUCCGCCGAAGAGAAACUCACCCAAGCUUUCAGAAGAGGAUCUUAGCAGCCAGUCUGCAAGGGGUUGAUUUGAGAGCUUUACAGCAACUUCUUCUAAGAACGUCCGAAUUCGGACAGGAGGUUUUAGUUCGCCUUCCCAACGGGAACAAUAUGAAACGCAUCAGACUUUAACGUUUCUGCUACUUUUGAUGAUUCAGCACAAACACUCUGUCUGUGGUCCCUUUAAAAACUUUAAUCUGUAUUACUCCACGUGUUUGUAAACGAUUGAAAUAAAGAUCCAAUAUAUUUCCAUCCUUAAA